UCUACUGAGGCAUGUGGCGGGUCUGCUGCGGUGGGGGCUAUCUCUUCUCCCAUUGGCUUCGGCAGCUGCACUCGGAGCGGGCCCGGCGGGAUGCAGCUGCCUCGGGGCGGGACCAAUAGUUCCUUUCACAAGCGGGAAUAUUUUUACAAAUGCUGAUGUGAUGUGUCACUUAAGGGCUUACUGACAGUGCUGGUAAAUCUGGAGGACAUCAUCUGGAAGAGUUUACCUCCUUUCAAGGCAAGCCCCUCAAGAUGUGGACAGCUAUUGUAUUUUUCCUGCUGAUUUCCUUAUGCAUAUCUGAAAGCAGGGAUUCCAUCUUAACACAGAGUGGGGCCCAAGUAGCGUGGAUAAGCAUACUCAGUAGCGAAAAAAAUUGCAAGCAAGCUUGUAGAGGCACAACAGUUUCAGGUAAUCACUCCUGCUGGUCAGUGCUUUAUCAAAGCCGCUGUGUCCUCCUGCGCUGUCCUCAACUGAGUGCGUGUCAGAAUGCCAGAACACAGGAUGUCAAAGAACUAAUGGGAGAAUUCAUGAUCCGUAAAAGAAGAGAGACUGGAAUAACCCCACAGCCCAGUAACACAGAAGAGUCUAAAGAAAAAUCAGAGACGGAGACUAAUAAGAACCUUAAUGCAAAUUAUACAAAAGUGCCUCUUUCAUUAACACAAUUAAGUAAUAUAUCUGAUAACAGUGGAGUCAACCCAACUGUAAUGAUUCUGAAAAACACUACCGCUAUCACCUCUCGAUUUAAAAUGGACACAACAACUCUAAGUGGAAUUAAUAACAAUACCAUCAAAAAUAGUAAUAAAUCAGCUAAUGGAGUUCCAGUCAUCUCUUCAGUUUCCAGCCUCCCUCCUCAUAAAGCAUCAUCUACCACAUAUUUUCUUAAUGUAGAGAGUAUGGCAGGCUCAAAAGGAACAGGUAACAAGAAUCUAACUUUGGGACCAACUGAGAAAAUGACAUCAGUAGAACUUCUUUCCAGAAGUACUGAACCCACAGCAGUGAAACAUUCAGUGCUUCCUCCAUCCCCAACUACUUCUCCCAACAUUUCUGUGCUAAUUACCUCUGAAAGAAGUCACUCAACACCAGCAAGCUUGACUGCAAAAGCAAGUACCCAUAGUCCACAGACAACGGGAACCUAUUCUGCAGUUACCAAUGCAUCUCAAGCAACCCAUAGUCCACCAACAUCAAGGCCUUAUUCAGCAGUUACAAGCACAUCUUUAAUAACUGCUGCAGAAACACACAGUCCACCACCACUGAGACCCCAUUCAACAAUGAUCAGCACAGCUCUGACAACUGCAGGAGCAAUUAAACCAACAACAAAGUCAGAUGAUAAAACAACUUUGAUAGAACAGACAAAAUCUAAUCCAGUUAGGAUAAUUCUCACAGUCUCUACAAAGGGUACUGAAACCUCCAUUGCUACACAGCAAACAGAGACUACCAGCCAACAUGUGAUGACACUAACUCAUAUCACUCAGUCAGUGCUUACUGUUACAAGUUCAGCAACGUUGUCCAAAUCAGCAACUGUACAACACAGCCAAGACCAGCAAGGCCUAAGCAGUGAAAGUAUCUAUCAGCAGGUAGAUAUCAGUUUGAUCAUAGCACUUCUUUUUGGAGUCCUAUUUUUCAUAACAGUUGUAGUUUUAUUUGCCAUACAGGCAUAUGAGAGCUACAGGAAGAAAGACUACACCCAAGUGGACUAUUUAAUCAAUGGGAUGUAUGCAGACUCAGAAAUGUGAAAGCAAUAGGGGGUAACAAAGGGAUGUAUAUUUCUGAAGGAUUUGAAAGCUCAUGGUGGCUUGUCUUUCAGUUCCCUGUUUUGCCUCCUAAGACCAACUGAAAGUGCUUCCAAAUUACUUCUGGUGCAAUGUAGGAGAAAUGCCAUGUAUUCUGUUGUAAAGUAUUUUUCAAAACAAGUACAGGUUGCCAUUGAUAUAUUCUUUCUGAAACUUCAGUAUCACUUCUGUUGUGCCAGUUUAUUUGCCGCUGGAAAGGGGCAUUAAUGUCGCAAGCAGCCUUCAUAUACGACUAUGUGGCUUCCUAGGCCAAGUUCCUCAGGCUCUGUUAACAUUAUCCCUUUUCUUAUUCCACAAACGAUGGGAAAGGAGUGAUAUAGGGUUUUUGCAGUGUCGGCAUGCCUGAUGCUGGAAGUUGCACAGGGACUAUGGUAGUAGCGUAAGGAGAGGCAGAUCAAAUGCAAGUGGCACUCUUUGUCAUGGUACGUUUCACUUGGCUACUUGCUACAGCACUAAAUCAGCCAUGGGGAAGCUGUUGGCUCAAGAUGUAACCUAUAAAAAAGGUUGUUUACAUAAUAAAGUUUUGAAGCCUCUGGAUAAAAAACUCUCUAGAAUUCCUAAGCAUUUCUGUUAUUCUGUGUUGGGGAUAAUGUUGAUGAAGCAACCGUCUUGUUUUCCUGAGCUACCUGAUUAUUUGGAGGAAAAUGCAACUGUUUACUAGACCCUGUUAAUGCUGUGCUAUUUCCUAAUCGUGGCUUUUCCCUGAGGUGCUUAUGCACCUCCAUAUGAUUUUAUUUUUGUAUCCACUAAAUAAAUGAGGCCCUAAGGGCAUUUAAAAGCUCA